GGAAAGCUACCAGGACGUCAGUGAGACGGACACACCGUGCAAAGCGGACUGUUUUACCUUCUCUGAGAAUAAAACGCACACGUCACGUGAAGCUGGCUUUAUUAUAGCCCUUUCCAAACUGUAGCUCUUCCACGAUGGAAGAAACGUUGAACGCUACGCAAAGGGCUAACGUUUUUAAGAAGCUGCACGGAGUGGCGGAAAUCUGCCUGCCUGGCUUCCAAACGGGAACAGGGGAGCAAGUGCUUCGAAACUGGGAAAGCAACUUUGAACACUGCUUGUCCUUUCUAGUGAAGGAGGCGGUGAAAAUGGUACUGGAAACCGUCAGAUCGGAGUUUAAAGAAUUUAUAGAGAAACGAAUUGCAGAGGUACAGCUCGCCGUGUACGAACAGGAGAAUGAGAUCGAAAGCUUGAGAUUGCAGCUGGGAAUCUCUCGGAGCGGACCCGUGUUCAUGCACGUGAGCCCCGAGGACGAGGUCCGCGGUGGGUCCGAAUCCGCCGUGGGCGCCAGAGAAUCGAUCUCGGGUCCGGGAGCAGGUGACCGGCGAUGGGUGACGAAUGCCAGCUGUGGACCAUCCCAGGAGGAGAGCUGCGCACCGAAGGUGGUCCUCGGUGGAGUUUCGUUUACUGAGAUACCAACGCAGGGGGAAGCAUCCUGCAGAGACUAUGGGAGUUUCACCCCGGAGAACUGGGAAGUCUCUCGCAACACUCCAGAGCAUGUCAAUGAGGACAGUGAAGGUGAGAUUUUUGUGGAGCAUUCGAGGAACGUGGAAGAGGCUCAUCCGAAACUGAACAUUAAUCCCCUGUCAGAGUGUAACAUGAACUUACAGCCUGUUCAAGUUAAGGAGGAAUUCACGGAUCAGGGGUCUGACUGCUUAAAAGUGGAAGUGGCUGACUUGGAUCUUCAUUCGAUUAUUAAAGCAGAGGCCUCUGCUUUUGAGCAUGACAAUGAAGAGAUUUCAUUAGUACAUCACAAUGAAGAAUUGGUAGAGCUAAGUCAGCCGAAAACUAGGCUGCAGAAUGAAUCUGCUGGAAAAGUGAUCAAGAGGGGGAAGCAAAGUUUUAAACAGAAGAGACCUAUUCCCAAGCAUAACAGACCAUUUGUUUGUCAGGAGUGUGGGAAGACUUUUAAUCAGUUAGCCCACCUUAAGGUACACCAGAGAAUCCAUUCCGGUGAGAAACCGUACCGAUGUGGUGAAUGUGGCAAGGUCUUCAGCCAGUUAACCAACCUUAAAACGCACCAGAGGAUCCACACGGGGGAGAGGCCAUACAGCUGUGUGUUGUGUGGAAAGAACUACAGUCAGUUAGUCCACCUUAAAUCACACCAGAUGACUCACACCGGGGAAAAGCCGUACAGCUGUGGCACAUGUGGGAAGAGCUUCAGCAACAUCUGCAACCUUAAAACGCACCAGCGAAUUCACACGGGGGAGAAACCCUAUACUUGUAACGAAUGCGGCAAAAGAUACAAUCAGUCGGCCUCCCUGAAGAAACAUAUGACGGUCCACGCUCGGGAAAAUGCAAACAGUUGCAGUGACUGUGGGCGGACUUUUUGGAUAUCGGAUCACCUUCAAGAACACCAGAACAACCAGUACAGUAGUGCGGAAGGCCAUUUAAAUUUGUUCGACUCCCUUAACCGUCACUCGGACUGUGCAAAAUGCAGGAAGAGACUGAAACGCGCCGCGUACAAGCACAAGAAGCCCCACAUGUGCACCGAGUGUGGGAAGACUUUCAGCCAGUCCACCAACUUGAAAACACACCAGAGGACUCACACCGGCGAGAGACCCUACCGGUGUGGUGAAUGUGGAAAAUCAUUCACUCAGUUAGUUCACCUCCAAACACAUCAUAGAAUCCACACGGGAGAGAAACCGUACAGCUGCAGCAAGUGCAACAAGUCUUUCACGAUGUUAAGCAACCUAAGGACUCACCAAAGGAUUCACACGGGCGAGAGGCCCUACAGUUGUCCAGAAUGUGGGAAGACAUUUGCUGUGCUAAGAAACCUAAAAGUACAUCAGAGAAUUCACACGGGAGAGAAGCCGUACAGUUGUGCCGACUGCGGCAAGCCCUUCAGUCAGUUAGCCAACCUUAUUAAACACCAGAGGAUUCACACCGGCGAGAAGAGGUACAGCUGCCAGGAAUGUGGGCGGAGCUUCACCCAGUUCAGCCAUCUUGAAUCCCACCAGAGGACACAUGCUAGAAACCGAAACUGUAUGAUUCGCCCCUGCUGGUAUUCAAGGUGUUUUAGAGAAAUGGUCCAUGUGAAACAGGGCAUCAUGAACUCAGACCAUUGUUUGACGAUCCUGGGAGCUAUAAAGAUGAACGGUUAUGAAAAUGAAAGCAGGAGGCUACCACAAAGUUCCAGAUAUUGCGAGGAGGAAGACACAAAAAUGAACAUCAUACACGUCCCACAGGACGCCGUAUAUUAUGGACCGACUUUCCUCAAAGAGCCAAUCAGGGAGCAGGGAUCUGUUCGCAUUAAAGAAGAGGUCAGUGACCAAAUGUCUGUCCACCUGAUGGGAGACAUCAGGGAGCUGGAAUUUUCUCAGAUCAAAGAGGAGGUCUUUGACAUGGACAUUUUUUCACAUAUUAAGUCGGAGGUUUGCUCCACAGAGGUCGUAAUUGAAGAUGUCUCCACGAUGGAGGAAAGGCCGUCUGGCUACUUGGGUGGCAGAUGGUCGGCGGCUAGGAAUGAAAGCAAGAACAUGUUUAAAAAUCGGGAACUACCUGAAAGGAUGUUUAAAACUCUAAAGAAACCGGUGUCUUGUGCCCAAUGCGGGAAGACCUACAGUCAGUUAUCUUCCCUGAAAAGACACCAGAGAUCUCAUGCAAAGGUGAAACUGUACGGCUGCAAGGAGUGUGGGAAAAAGUUUCGGUUGCUGGGAAAACUUAAGCAGCACAAGUUGGUUCACCAAGGGUCCAAACAAUACAGCUGUCACGAAUGUGGUCAAGUGUGCGGCGAUUUGGCCUCCCUAAGUGAACACCAGAGGUCUCACGCUGGCGAGCAACCCUACAGCUGCAUAAAUUGUGGGAAGACAUUUAAACAAGAAACCAAUAUGAAAGUCGGCCAAAGAGUUCACACUGGAGAGAAACCGUUCAGCUGCCCAGAAUGUGGGAAGAUCUUCCCUUUUUACGAUGACUUUAAAUUUCACCAGAGAGUUCACAACGGUGCCAAGAAAUCGUACAUUUGCACCGAGUGCUGGAAGACCUUCCAUUACUUAGCAAACCUUCAAACACACCAGCAAGUUUUCUUCAAUGAGAAGCCAUACAAGUGUUCUGAAUGUGGGAAGUCUUUCAAGCAUCGAGACAGCUUCAAAGCCCACCGGCUGACGCACACAAACGAGAAACCGUACAGCUGCGCAGAAUGUGGCCGCUGUUUCAGUUGGAAAAAUAACCUUAAAAGACACCAAAAGAUUCACACUGGGGAGAAACCGCACAGAUGUGCCGACUGUGGGAAAUCCUUCCAACUGUUAGACUACCUAAAAAGUCACCUGAGAGUCCACACGGGUGAAAAACCGUACAGUUGUAUGGAGUGCGGGAAGGCAUUCAGCAUUCUGAACAACUUUAAGAGACAUCAGAGGAUUCACAGUGGGGAGAAACCAUACAGUUGUACGGACUGUGGGAAAAGCUUCAAUUUGCAAAGAAGCCUAAGGACUCACCAGAUAAUUCACACUGGAGAAAAGCCGUACAUGUGCGCCGACUGCGGCAAGACCUUUACUGUUAAGUACAGCCUUAAAAAGCACCAGAGGAUUCACAGUGGCGAGAAACCCUACAUCUGUAAUGACUGCGGAAAAGCCUUUUAUCUCUUAUACAACCUUAAGGUUCACCAGAGGAUUCAUACUGGUGAAAAGCCAUACAGUUGUACUGAAUGUGCCAUGUCCUUUAUUUGUCAAAGCAACCUCAAACGGCACCAGAAAAUCCAUACUGGUCAAAAGAAGAAACGCUGAAAUGUCUAAAGUGCCCCUGACCACCGUAUGCAUUAGGGUGAAAUCUCCGCUACACACCUCAGUGAGGUCGUUUGGGACACUGCAUUAUUA